AAAAAAAUUGCACUCCAACAUGUAAUUAUUGAGAUUAUAAUCGGUACAUAUGGUGUAUAUUAUAAUUUGAAAGCGCACAGGAACGAGAUUCAACGAUUUAUUGUUACGUUUGUGAUGAGAAAAAACGAUUUCAUUAGCCAUUCUCGUUUGUACACGCUACUCAAACGGUUGAUCAAACCACUUGCCUCAAGACUCGUGAACAACUAAGGAUAUGAUGAGUUUACACAAGAAUUCCUGUAACAUUUUUUUGUGAAUUGAACAAAGUUUAUAUUCGAACAUUGAUUCAUUUCGCGAACUAACACCAUAUAUUAAAAUUCCCUCUGCUUGGUUCCUGGAGAAUGGGCGUUUCCGGCUUAGCAACGUAUCUCACACGCAACGGCUGCUCCCACGAAGUGAACAUUCCCGAUGAAAUCCAAAAGUGCGGCAAAAAGGAGCCUCUGAUCGUGAUAGAUCUGCUUACGGUGAUAUGUUCUUUGAGUGGUCCGAUAAAUGAGCAAAUUUACGGAUGCCGUAACCAGUUUGCUUGGGCGAACGUGACUCAUUUCUGUGAUCGGAUGAUCGAGGCCGGUGCUCGAUUGGUGUUCUUUAUUGAUGGUAAGCUUCAGGAGAGUAAAUACGAACAUUGGACUCAACGACAGGAACAGGUCUAUAAUGAGUGCUUGAGGAAUGUUCAACAUGGCCACGGAAAUAUCAGAGGGAAUGUUGUAAAACAUGCCUUUAUCUCCGCAUUGGUGGCCGCAGCUCGGGAGAAGGCAGUACUCAUUACGUCGUACGAUGUAGAGUGCGAUAAGGACUUGGCUGCCUACGCGAAAAAGCAUGACGCACUUUCGAUCAUUACUUCCGAUACCGAUUUUUUGAUCUUUGAGGGUAACUUCAGAAUUUGGUCCAGUUCGGAUUUGAAUUUGAAGCUCAUGAAGACGAAGGAAUGGAACCGAGAACAGCUGCGCCAGAAUUUGAAUUUGGAGUGGAACCAAAUGCCGUUCUUUGCUGCAAUUGCUGGGAAUGACAACUUCAAGUUUCGACCUUCCGGUAUGCGCGAUUUAAACACUGUGGCUCAAAGGGUACGGGAGCUGAAUUUAAGGCGUGGAUCUACAAAAAUUACAAUGGGUUUGUAUAACAAAAUAUUUGGUACACAGAAUUAUAACAACAAAAUCAGCUUCGAAAACGCCGUCCAGUUUUAUGAUACGGACUACGCCAUUCAGCAACCGAUAGUCCCUUCGGAGAUGCACCACUAUCCGAACUGUGCUCUGAGUAUAAUCCUGGGCAUUCCGGGCUCGAUUCGUUUGCCGUGUUUGGAUUUGCGUGAGGCCAAUUAUUCCCAGAUUGCACUGUACAUGUAUCGGCGCCAGUUGGGCGUAUUGUUUUUUCACCGGUCGGAUGUUUCCGAACAAAUUUUAACGUCACCGGUAUUCAUCAAACUCAGUCACUAUGAUACAUACAGAAUCAUUGAUACCACACCGAUUACCCCUCCGUUGUCCAUAAAAGUUCCGUUGCCGGAGGAGCUCUAUUCACUUGAUCCUCAGAUAUCGGAGAGUCUGGAAGUAAUCAAGUACCGGAUGUUGACCUGGGUUGUAUCCGAUACGCUCACAUACGAGGAAAUUUGCCACAUCGAUCCCAGGUAUUUGUUGGACGUUUUAACCCUAUACUUUUUGAUUGAGACAAACCUGCUAGACAUUAUGACGGCGGACAUCAUUCUGCUGACGAUCGACGACUGCAUCAAAAAUCGCAUCCCAUGGGAGAUUCCUUUGCAGCGACCACGAAAACCCAACGUCACGACCAGUUUUCGGUAUACUAAUUUCUACGCUCGGAUGUACUGCAACGCCGAGACGGUCGGCUUAAGGAAGCAGCUGGCCAGCACAUUUCUAUGCAAAUUCGACGGAGUGUAUUUUAACAAUGUUGUAGACGCCCUGCGCUGCGAUGCGGAUUUGUUGGCUUAUAAACUCGAACCCAUAAAGUCAUACCGGGUAUAUGCCAAACUAGCCUAAGACAUGGCCGAAGCCAGUGGUGCUCAAAUUGCGGCCCUCAAAGCUUGCACAUACACGCAGAAAAAUGGCGCUUGCUUAAAACAAUAAAACGCAUAGUUGAUUUUCAAA